AUGGACGUCUCCCAGCUGACCGAUGCAGAACUUCGAGAGAGCUUAAAAAGCCACGGAGUAUCAGUUGGACCAAUCGUCGCGUCGACGCGCAAACUUUAUGAGAAGAAACUUCUCAAAUUUACCGGCAAGGCUAAUGACGAAUCACUGAACGUUGUAGAUCUGAACGAUUCGCAAAUCAACGAAGAAGUUCAUCAGGAGGAAAAACGUCUCUCACCGGUUUUCCAGAGAAAAACGCCAUCCUCGGCAAUUAAAACUCCAGUUCGAGAAGCUAUUGUCCGACGAUCAUCAUCAUCACGAGCACCGGAAUCUGACACUGAUGACGAUUGUGAAGAGUCUAUGCGGAUUUUGACAGAAGAAGAAAUGGCUGCAGAUCGGCUCGCUGCUCGUCAAAGUUCUCAGGGCAUUGAGAAUAGGGGAAGCAUGCUGAGAAGCUCAAUCACAUACACAAUCAUCUUCGUCAUCAUUGCUGUCUUUUUCUACUUUCUCUUCGAGAACGUUGAACAAUUGCAGUUGGCCACUAUGCCAUCGAGCUCGAACGCAGAUGAUACCGUCUGA